CUAUAUUGGAGCACAGAAGGCCGCCCGAUCUCUCCGAUCCCCGCAAGGCUUCGUUUCGAUCAUGUCGGGAUGGUUGUCUUCGGUGAACAACCUGCUGGAAAACCUCGACGGGCAGGCGGAAACCGUGGCCGAAACGGUCGCGGAGCAGGCGACAACCGCCGGGAUCUCCAGCAACCUGAGGAGGCUCAACCACACCCUCGCCAGCAACGCCAGCGCCCUCACGAGCAACAUCGCGAUGAGCGGCGGCAUCGCCGCGGGCACCAAGAGCGGAAGCAGCGGUGGAAGCUACACGAACAGUGAUUCCUACGACGACGAGGACUAUUCCUACGAGGAUAACGAAGACAACGAAGGAUUCUUUGGAGACGAGGAAGGAUUCUUCGGAGACGACGAUUCGGCAGAAAGUGGCGGUUCCGGCGGCGCGGAAGGGUUGGGGAGCACCAGCAGCAAAAACAACAACAACGAACCCGAGACCAGCGAAACCGAAAACGAGAACGAGAACACACCAGAGGCAAACAGCGGCUUUGGCGACGCACCCAGUAGCGGCGGAGUAGAUACGGCGGACCUUCCCGGGAGUGACGACGGCAUCGAUGGCCUUUUGCAAGAGGGUUCCGGCGACGCCGGUGCUGCGGAAGGUCCGCCGCGAGAAGAGGGCGAGCCCGGCGCCACGGUUCCGGGGAACCCGGUCCCCGAUGCCGAGCGCGAAACGACGGGACCGAGGCCGCCGUCCGGCGACGAGGGAGGGGCCGAUCGCGGGGAAUCGCCGCCCACACCGAUUCCCGACCAGCCGAAGCGCGGCGGCGAUGCAGGAACAACGGCGACGGAAGAAACCAACGGCGGCGGAUCCGACGGCACCGAUGCCAGGGGCGACGAAGGCAAUCCAACCGAGCCGGGGUUGUCCAAGAACGAAGAGACCAGCAACAAAGAUGCCGGUUCCUCCGUUGCUUCCGUCCGGAAGGUGGGAUCGGCUAGUGGAGCUACCGAUCCAUCCAAGUCCACGCGGCAGCACCAGAAAAGCAACACGUCUGCCACUGCUGCGGUUGCCAGUGUCGACACGGAUAGAGACGACAAAGACGACCCCGGAGUAGCCGCAAAGGAGCAAAAGAAGAAGCCUCCUCCACCUCGACCGCCUGCGAGAAGCGUGGUGCCACCGCCAAAUCCGAACGCCUCUAAACCGAACGUUGCUCGCUCGGAAACUCCUCCUCAUGCUACCACAACGAUCAACAAGAGAAAGGACGAUAUAAAACUCAAAGAACAGAAGCAAAGGUUCCUGCAGCAGCAGCAACAACUAGUGUCAAAGAACAAGACGAUCCAAUCCUUGCAGUCCCAGGUUGGAAAAAUGAAAGAUGAGCUGGCAAAGGGAGAAGCCAAGAAGCAGGAACUCGAGCAACGAACGAAAGAUCUCGGGGACAAACUCGAAGCAAGCGAACGCGAAGUCGAGGCACAAGCCGAAGAACUCCUGCGAGCCGGAAAAGAAAUGGAACAAAUGCGCACAAACGCCAGAGAGGAGCGGGAAGAUAUACAGGACGACCACGACGACGAAAUGGAAGACCUGCAGCGCGACCACCAGGCAGCCCUGGACAAGAUGCGCCAAGAAUACGAACAACAACUAGCAGAGUGGAAGGAACGUUUUGAGUCGGAAGUGACCCUUCGACAACAAGAGGGUGGGGACUCGAUUCGCGACUUGCGGGACGCAAAUCAGAGAGAAAAGGAAGCCCUCAAAAAACUCGCCGAGGUCGCGGCAGAAAAAACGGCCCUGCAAGCGAAACUCGAUCGGGUGAUUGGCCACGAGACGACCCUUCAGCAACAAGUGGAAUCGUCCAUGGAGUCGGCGGAAACGGUUGCGGCGAGAGAGCGGCGAGCGCGCGAAGAACUUGACGAAGCGACGGCCCUCCACGCAAAGCAAAUGGCCCAGCGGCAGGCAAGGGAGGCAGAACUGGAGCAAACCAUACUCGAGAUGGGUUCGGCACUUACGAUGGCAAAGCAGGAGCUCCAGCAACAAAGGAUGGCGUCCUCUAAGCACGGUGCAGCUCCCGGAUCGUCGCCGGACGAGGAGCAACAGGAAGCGAAUGGAUCAUACUUCAAGGAACAACUGGAACAAGUUUCUGAGGAGCUCGAGACCGUUCGGGUUCGAUUGACCAUGGAGACGCAACGGAGAGAGGCCCUCCAGCAACAGCUAACGGAAGUGUCGCAGGAACGAAAACAAGAACUGUCUUCGACGCAGGCUCGACAGCACCAACACGACCGCAAGGUUGCGGAUUUAGAAGCUACGAUCCACCGAUUGCAGGACUCCGCAAGGGCCUUGCAACAGAAAGCGGGUCAUUCCGGAAGCAACACCGGUGGGGUUGGCAACGAUUCUAAUGCAACACACCCCAGCUCGGUCAAUGGCGACGUGCAACAGCCGCGAGGUCCGUCCGAGCUGGAACUGGAAAGAGCAAAACGCGAGAUUGCAAAUUUGUCGGAACAGCUCUUGCGCCAACAAAGCGUUGCAAAGAACGCCAAGUCCGAGAUAUUGGCCCUGAAGGGACGGCUGCAGGCAGCAAAUGCCCGCGCCGAAGAAGCCGAGAAGGCAGGCCACCACUCGAAAACCGCGGCAAACCCCCGCUCGCGCUCCUACGACAUUGAGAGCCGCGGGAACCAUGGCAAUGGCACCACGUUCUCCCCCCGCCGAAGAAUCAAGGGCGGAUCGUCCCGCGGAGUGCGAUCGAUCCGAUCGGCCCUGCCGUGUUUCGCGUCCGGGCGUCCAGCCGAAUCUGGCGCGGCACUGGAACAGGUGGCUCUCACCAUCGACGCUAUUGACUCGUGGAUGGUGGACACCGGGUCGUUCAUGCGACACGAACCCCUUGCCCGAUUGGGCUUGCUCCUCUAUUUGAUGGUGUUGCAUUUGUGGUCCUUUGCUCUGGUUGUCUUUCACACUACCGAAGUGGAACACGGAGAUUUUGGCUCGAUGGACAGCAAUCCAAGGCACUGGAGAGAGCAUACAUAAAGAGAAAACUAAAUGAAACUAAACGAA